AUGAGCGACAACCACGACGAUCGCGAGCGUGACGAUUCCGACGUCAACUCAAUCUUCUCAGGCAGAUCGACUACCACGGCCCCGACAGAAUGGAGUGUGUCCCAGGGAACGGGUUCUGAGACAGACAGCGAUCUCAUGUCGGUCAUGAGCAGCGUAUACGACUCGACCCACUCGAUAUCGUCUAGCGUUCUAAAUUAUCAUUUCGAGAAUGGCCGUCGAUACCACGCAUAUCAUGAAGGCAAAUACAUAAUGCCGAAUGACGUCCAAGAACAAAAUAAACUUAUGCUGGUCCAUCUUUGCUACGAACUCGUUUUAGAUGGCCGACUCCAUCUAGCGCCGCUCAACGACCCGCAAGAUGCACUGGACAUAGGAACUGGAAGGGGCGACUGGGCCAUUGAUUUUGCCGAGAAGUUCCCGUCAACCCAGGUCAUUGGAACGGACCUUAGCCCGAUUCAGCCGCUCUGGGUCCCUCCGAACCUCACAUUUGAGAUUGACGACGCAGAAGACGAAUGGAUAUACGGCACGCAAUUUGACUUUAUCCAUACUCGCACCCUAUGCGGCGGCAUUCGGGACUGGCCCAAGUUUCACAAACAGGCAUAUAACAACCUGCGACCAGGAGGCUGGAUCGAAAUGCACGAAAACGAGGCAUGGUUUCAGCGCGAGGACGGCACAUGUCCCAAAUGGACAAAACUGUUCCUUGAAAAGCUGGACGAAGCGAGUAUUAUGAGCGGAAAUCGCCUGAAUGUUGCGGGAGAUCAGAAACAGCAUAUGCUUGAUGCUGGUUUUGUCAAUGUGCACGACGAGGUGUUCAAGCUGCCUCUGAGCACCUGGCACGACGAUCCACGAAUGAAAGAGAUUGGCCGCAUCCGGGGCCUGGCGAUGAACCAGGGUGUGGAGGGCUACAGCCUGGCACUGUACACGCGGUACCUGAACUGGAAUUCUAGCGAUGUACGCGACUUGCUGGCCAAGGUGCGACAGGAAUUCAACGACGUCCAGAAUCGAAUGUACAUUACAGUACACAUCGUCUAUGGACAACGACCGGAAGAUAAGUCAGAAGUUCUUGACAAAAUGGCAGACUCUCUAUCUACCCAAGUCGACGAAAUCGCCGCUCAAGUCAAGCAAUUGGAAGCUUCCCAGGAUGCCCUCAGUCGCGCCGAGCGUCUUCGAUUGGUGCAGUCGUUGGAAAGCCUGACACAAAAAUUGAAGGACCCGAAAGAUGCGAUUUUUGAUCAUUUGACUAAUGCAUCUUCGCUAUUCAAUAUGCGCGGACUGUUGGAGCUGGACGUGCCGCAGAAUAUUCCUCGAUCAGGAGGAAUCUCCGCCACAGACCUUGCGGCGAAGACUGGUGCUGAUAGAUCGGUGAUUGUCCGGCUAAUGCGUAUUCUGACGGUGACUGGCAUCUUCGAACUGGUAGGUCCAGAUGAGUACGCCCACACGCCGUAUUCUCUGGCUUAUAUCGACGGACACGAGGUAGACUUUCUCAAGCUUUGUUGCGACGAAAUCUUUGUCAAUACGAGCCGCCUGCCUGAGUACUUCCGCACCGUCGGCGGCCGCGACUCAAACAGCGUUUCUGACAAUCUGUUCACCUGGGGAAAUGGCAAACUCGGCAGUAACUUUUUCGAGAUCGUCUCGUCAGACCCAAGACGCAUCAAGCAGUUUGACAUUGCCAUGUCGACACAGGACCACACUCUUCCCGUUCUCGGCAUGUACCCCUUUGGCGAGGAGCUUGCAGGCGUACCAGACACCGACACUCGCCCGUUGCUUGUUGAUAUUGGCGGUGGUCGUGGCCAGUCCCUGUUGCAGAUUAAGGGAAAGUGGCCGGGCUUGCAAGGAAAGAUGAUCCUUCAGGAUAGACCCAUGGUGCUAGACUCAUUUCCAGGGUUACAUGGGAUUGAGAAGAUGGCGCACGAUUUCUUUACUGAGCAGCCUGUGAAGCACGCUCAUGCAUAUUACAUCCGGCGCUGUCUACACAACUGGACCGACGAAAAGUGUACCACAAUCCUAAAAGCCAUCGUGCCAGCCAUGGCCCCAGACUCUCGUGUCCUCAUCGGCGAGAUGGUCGUGCCCGAGUACAAUAGCGUGCGGCCCGGCGGCGUUGAAGACAUGGCCCCUUACUGGAUGGACCACAACAUGUUUACCUUUGGAGGGCGAGAGCGCACGAGAACUGAUUUCCAGUCUGUCUUUGCGGCGGCUGGCCUGAAGCUGGUCCGCGUUUGGCAGAGCGAGGCAUCUAGUCAGGCAGUCCUGGAGGCUAGGCUGGCUUGA